AUGACUCCUGCACAGGCCUGGCUGGUGACUACCCUACCGGACAACACAACUGAACUGCCACAGAUGACAGACACACAGCCAGACCAGUCAAAGUCGCUGCCAGGAGUGAUAUCAACCGACAAAACAGGCAUAUCAACCAACUUGAUCCUGGAGACUGCACCUCUAACUACUGAGAAAGAUUGGACAUUUACACGUCCACUACCCAUACACGGCGACACAUUCGACAACACAAACGGUCCCCGCUGCAAAAACAGCUACAGACUCGUCGUCGGGACCUGCAUCAAGCUCGUUGGCAUGCCGGGCAUAGACUGGAUGUUCGGGAAAUCCCAUGAUGGGGCAAAGGAGGCAUGCAGGAAGGAAGGAGCUACACUGGCCAUGCCGAAGACGAAAGAACUGGACGUCGCACUGAGAGACCUGGUCAAACGGGGUGGAUUCAACAAGGAACACUGGAUCGGUAUGGAGAAGAAAGGGGGUAUCUGGUAUUGGAUGGACGGGUCGAAGGUCGGCCACAACGGGUACAAGGGAUGGAAUCCAGGCGAGCCAGGCGGGUGGUCGUGUGGACACUACUGGGCAAAGCCAUCCGGCUGGCUCUUCUCGGGGUCUGGAUACCCCAUGUGGGACGACGAUGCUUGCUUCAAAAGGAAGAGAUUCAUCUGUCAGCGUCCUCCAGCCUAA